CCCCAUGCCCACACGCUCCAAAACGAAAAUCGCUUCUAAUCCGCACAAUCCAUACACCACCUCUCGCAGCAUCGCUUCUCGUAUGCUUUUGCCUUGUCGUCUUGCUACGUGUCUCGCACGCUUGCCGUUGGUCGUACGUUGACUUCUGCGGGCCGUCGGUCCCGCUGCUCCCCUUGUAACAUUAUGCUUCACUAUGGGCUUCGGGGCCCGCAGUCGGUCGCCCACCACAUUCUCUUUCUCUCGCGCUAUCACAGGCGCGUCUGUGGUGAUUGUUCAGUCUUUUCUUUCUGGAGGAUCCAACAUCCGCUUGGUGUGCUAUGCUUGGAACAUGGAGUCAUGACUGUUCACUCUCACUCUUACCUCACAUCCGCCACUUCGCUUUCACCGCGACCCUCUACAUACCUUCUCAUGUCGUCAUGUCCUCUUCGCCACGCUGACCCGGAAUCUGGCUCGCUCUAUGCCGUUCUUUCUUGUGCUGCACUCGUUUAUUCCAGCCAUUCCCUGUACGCUGUUCUCAAGAAGUUACAGAUGCAAAUAUUGUUGUAUGUUAGUUGCAGACGCUCAUCUGGCCGGGCGUUUGCUGUGCCGUUUAGAGAGAAGGAAUCAAUCCGCGUACAGGAAAAUUAUUUUGGCUGUCGUGCAACAAAUGCUCGUAUCCGACCACAUGGUGCGUAGAUGUUCAGAAUAACUUGUCUCAGUGAAGAUCCUUUUCUCCGUGCAUACAUGUGCUUUCAGCGAUGAACACCUGUCAGAUUCACUCCGGGCCCAUGGAGUGCUUCGAGCGACCACCGUCAAGACCG